AUGUCUUCUUCACCGAUCUUGAGAGGCAAAAAAUUGGUAACUGAUGACAGGCCUGAUGAUGCAUUGAGGCCAAGUAGGCAUCAGGUGAAGAGGUGUUUUGCUAAGUACAUUGAGAAGGGGAGAAGGGUCAUAAAAGUUCAUGAGUUGAUGGAAGAAAUGGAGCAUGUAAUAGAUGACAACACUGAGAGAAAUCAAGUAUUAGAGGGGAACCUUGGUUUCUUGUUGAGUUGUACACAGGAAGCUGCUGUUGAUCCACCUUAUGUUGCCUUUGCAGUAAGGCCAAAUCCUGGAGUUUGGGAAUUCGUAAGAGUGAGUUCUGAGGAUCUUUCUGUUGAACCAAUCACUUCCACAGAUUAUCUCAAAUUCAAGGAAAGUGUAUAUGACAAACAAUGGGCAAACAAUGAAGACGCAUUUGAAGCAGACUUUGGAGCAUUCGAUUUCCCUAUUCCGAGCUUGACCCUGCCUUCUUCAAUUGGAAAUGGACUCCAUUUUGUUUCGAAGUUCUUGACUUCAAGAUUUAGCGGGAAACUGACUAAAACACAACCUAUAGUGGACUACUUGUUAUCACUAAAUCAUCGAGGUGAAAACCUGAUGAUAAGUGACACCCUCAGCUCUGCUGCAAAGCUUCAGCUGUCACUAAUGGUGGCUGAUGGACAUCUCUCAGCACUUCCCAAGGAUGCCCCUUAUGGGGAUUUUGAGACAAAGUUCAAAGAGUGGGGAUUUGAGAGAGGAUGGGGAGAUACUGCAGGAAGAGUGAAGGAGACAAUGGGAACUCUAUCGGAAAUACUCCAAGCUCCUGAUGCAGUGAACCUGGAGAAGUUUUUCAGCAGAGUUCCCACAAUUUUCAAUGUUGUGAUAUUCUCUAUUCAUGGUUAUUUUGGACAAGCAGAUGUUCUUGGCUUGCCAGACACUGGUGGACAGGUAGUGUACAUAUUGGAUCAAGUUAGAGCACUUGAAGCUGAGCUGUUGGUCAGAAUUAAGAAACAAGGCCUAAAUGUAAAGCCUCAGAUUCUUGUGGUCACAAGACUCAUCCCUGAUGCUCAAGGAACCAAGUGCAAUCAGGAGUUGGAACCAAUCGUUGGAACUAAGCACUCCAAUAUUCUACGUGUUCCUUUUCACACAGAUAAAGGAAUCCUGCGUCAAUGGGUUUCUCGCUUUGACGUAUAUCCAUAUCUUGAGAAGUUUACUCAAGAUGCCACAGCCAAGAUUCUCAGCCUCAUGGAAGGAAAACCAGAUCUUAUUAUUGGAAAUUACACUGAUGGGAAUUUGGUAGCGUCUCUCAUGGCUAACAGACUUAGGAUAACUCAGGGAACUAUUGCACAUGCUUUGGAGAAGACUAAGUACGAAGAUUCGGAUGUGAUGUGGAAAGAGUUAGAUCCCAAGUAUCACUUCUCAUGUCAAUUCAUGGCUGAUACAAUUGCAAUGAAUGCAUCAGAUUUCAUCAUAACCAGCACCUAUCAGGAAAUUGCUGGAAGCAAAGAUAGACCAGGACAAUAUGAAAGUCAUGCUGCAUUUACACUCCCAGGGCUGUGUAGGGUUGUUUCAGGGAUAAAUGUAUUUGAUCCAAAGUUCAACAUAGCUGCACCUGGAGCUGAUCAGUCUGUCUAUUUCCCUCACACAGAAAAAGACAGAAGACUAACUCAAUUUUAUCCUGCCAUUGAAGACCUGUUGUACAGUAAAGUGGAUACCGAUGAACAUAUUGGAUAUCUAGAAAACAGGAGAAAACCCAUCAUCUUCUCAAUGGCAAGGUUUGAUGUUGUGAAGAACUUAACUGGGUUAGUUGAGUGGUAUGGAAAGAAUCAAAGAUUGAGAAAAAUGGUGAACCUUGUCAUAGUUGGAGGCUUCUUUGACCCCUUGAAAUCCAAAGACAGGGAGGAAAUGGCAGAGAUAAGAAAGAUGCAUGAUCUGGUAGAAAAGUACCAACUGAAGGGUCAAUUCAGAUGGAUUGCUGCACAGACUGAUAGAUAUCGCAAUGGAGAGCUCUACCGCUUCAUUGCUGACACAAAGGGAGCUUUUGUGCAGCCUGCUUUGUACGAAGCAUUUGGUCUCACUGUCAUUGAAGCAAUGAACUGUGGUUUGCCUACUUUUGCCACCAACCAAGGAGGUCCAGCAGAAAUCAUUGUUGACGGAAUCUCUGGCUUCCACAUUGAUCCCCACAACGGCGAAGAAUCAAGCAACAAAAUUGCUGAUUUCUUUGAAAAAUGCUUACAGGAUUCAACACACUGGAAUGGAAUUUCAGCAGCAGGAUUGCAUCGCAUAAAUGAAUGCUACACAUGGAAGAUCUAUGCAAACAAGAUGCUGAAUAUGGGGAACAUCUAUACCUUCUGGAGGCGGGUGAAUAAUCAACAGAAAGAGGCAAAGCAAAGUUACAUUAAGAUGUUCUACAAUCUCAUGUUCAAGAAUUUGGUGAAGACUAUACCUGUUGCAAGUGAUGAACCUCAAGAACAGCAACAAACACUGUCUAAGAAGCAAAGUGUCAAAAAACAAGGCACACGGGCUCGUGAUUAUGACAAAUUGUUUGAAGUCAUUGUUCACCAAAUCCGUACCGGUCAUGUCACGUAG